UGCAGUCUUCUUAUACACGAUUAAAAAGGAACGGAAUAAAUAUUCAGUGUGUUUAGGGAAGAAACGAAACGAGUUAAUGCAUCAAGAAUCGGCGUUUCGUGGCGAGUGGGGUUUGGCACAGUAGCCCACUCGCGCCGCGCUCCUCUUCCGCCCUCUGGCUGCAGGCGUGACGGAGGGAGGCGGCAGUCGGGCAUCGUCCUACAGAACAGUAGUUGCCGCAAGUUCCCCGAGGCGCUUUUGUGUCAGCUUCAUCGUGCCCUCGCAGCAAUGGCCGUAGGCGUCCUAGGGUUGUUGCUUUUGCUUGGAGGUGUAGGGCACCGGCGACGUGUGCUGGUGCUGGCCCUACCAGACCUGGUGGCAGACACGGAAGGCAGAGCCAGCGGGUCGUGCACGCCCCCAUCCUCAGCGCACUCCCCUACGGAGGCCAAAGGCUCCCGGGUGUCGUUCAGCCACGCCGUCGGCAACGCGACCGGCGGCGUUACCAGAAUCCACCCCCGGCCAGCUUGGAGCCGACCUCGGGCUCUGUCUUGUGACGUCACGCUGGAAGUCGAGUUGGGGCAAGAGCUCCGGAGGAUCGGCGACACCUUCCACCGGGCUCAUGCUAUGGCCAUGAAUGAGGAAGCAAGUGUCUGGAGUCGACUGCGCAGGAGUUUUCGCUCCUCGGGCUCCCGGUCCACCCUCACAACAUCGUAAGAUUCACCAACAACUCACCAUCAACUCACCAGUGAAAUCAAGGUUUAGAAAUUCGCUUGUGAGAAGAAACCGUGGAAAAGAUCAACUGGCUUUCAGAGGAAGUGUUAAAUUUUGUCUAAUUAUAAAUAGAGGAUUGUUCUGUACCUAGUCCAAGUUGACUACUUACUCGUGCCUUAAAUACUGCAUUGCAUAAUCAGUCCAAGAACUUUUGUGACAUAUGUUAAUAUGUAGUAGGGUUAUGUUGCAUGCCUGUUGUAGCAUAUGAUGUUUAUGGUUUGGUAAAGUUAAGUAUUAUGCAUUUACUGUUCAUAACAAUCUUUCAUUAGGUUGUUGUAAUACUUGUUUGGGUAAUUUAAAUUAAGUGUUAACAUGGUUUGUACUAAAGAUUAUAUUACACCUGCAUAGUGUUGCUCAAGAAUUAAGGUGUGGUGCCAUAACAUUUUCCCUUUAAAAGUCUGAUGAAUUUUGCAGGACUUUAUAACACUCAUUCAGUGUAGCACUAGGAUGACUUUACAUAAAGACAUGUAUGGGUAUUAUUAAUUCGCAUAUAAUUGCUUGUUCAUCAGCUUGUUCAAGUCAUUGAAUUUUGCUCAUAACCAAUAAGUAAAACUCCCUUUGUGCUCAUAAGAACAGAUAUGGAAAAGAAGUGUUAUAUAAAUCAUAAUUGAUAUGUAAUAUCUCAAAGUGAAGAACUUGAUAGCUUAAAAUAUUUUGAAAAGAUAGACAUGGAUUAUCAGUUUCAGAAAUAAAUCUAUAAGUUAAUAUGCUUUUCUCGAUAAAAGCAUGCAAGUUAAUAACCAAUAUGUCCAGCAACUUCUAAUUAAUGUAAAUACAGGGUAUUGUUAGUGUAUAGGAAUGUCAUUAGGUGUUACUGGAACAUUUAGGUUAUUAUGUAAAGAAAAUGCUUUUGGUUUUCUGUACAAAGUAAAAUAAAACCAGUUGUUAGGAUUUUCUGUAACCAAAAGUUUUGCCAAAUUUAGGGCAACUUUAUUUCAAAUUAUUACAGUGUUAAUAAUUGUAUUUGAAAUACCAGUGAAUUGACAUUUAUUUACUGAAAAAAAUAGUAAUAGGUUGUAAGUUUUGUGAUUAUUGAUCUCAUUAGUUAACUUUGUACAUAGUACUUGUGCAUUUGAAAAGAAUAAUAUUGUGCAUUUUGAGAGUACAUUAAUUUGUCUGAUCAUGGACAUGCAUUGGAGAAACUUUUGGGUGUUGGAUUAAUUUUCCAGCUGUAAACUGCAGGUGGACUGGUUGGGUUGGAUUUUAAAAGCAAAGAUAACAUAGCAAGCAAAAUUUUCUCCAGUAUUUAGGAGAUUUAUAUGAAUAUUUUUACACCUGUAUGUUUUAUUUAGGAGCAUUGGUUAUGCUGAGUGUCCAGGGUAAAGAAAAGCUGUUUUUAUUCAUGAUAUCCACGUAGAUUCACAUAUGAAAAAUGAAUUGCUUGUCAGUAGUUUUGAAACGUUGUCUCCAGAAUUAAGUCCUUGAGUAUUUAGAACCUAUAUACUAAAUUUGUAAACCAGUCCUUCUCCCUUUUUAGAAAAAAAAAAUUGUAUGUAUAUAUAUUUAUCCAUUUUAUUUAAUGAGAAGAAGUGAAAGGUAGAUGUAUUCCAGGUGUUCAAUGUGACUUUUACCUAAGAAUUUAUGAGAGUAAUGUGCCCUAGAAGUAGAUUUUUUUUUACUGAUCAAUUUUUGGAUUUGAUGAAAUUGGAAAAGUUAUUAAUAAUAUUACUGAUACUUAUAUGUAAAUAAUGAUUUGUCUUCCAAAUCAUGUACUAGAGAAUCUAUGGACCUCACAUCCAAUGCUCAGAUGUAAAGUGAUAUAUAUGAUAUUGUACA